UCGGGCCCGCGUGGCAGUCCGUCGAUCAAGCACACAGCGGGUGCUUGCUAUUAAUCGCCGGCUCCACCCGCUCCCACUCGUCUCCUCACCAAAUCCUCCUCUUCGAUCUCCAGGACCAGGCCGGCAGAAGCUGAUCGAAUCCGAGUAGGGUUGAUACAGUUUGAUUCGGUGGGAGGCAUGGCGUCGGAGAAGCACUUCAAGUACGUCAUCCUUGGCGGCGGCGUCGCGGCGGGGUACGCGGCGCGGGAGUUCGCCAAGCAGGGAGUUAAGCCUGGGGAGCUUGCCAUCAUCUCCAAGGAGGCUGUGGCUCCUUACGAGCGUCCUGCCCUCAGCAAAGGUUACCUCUUUCCUCAGAAUGCUGCAAGACUCCCAGGAUUUUAUGUAUGUGUGGGAAGUGGUGGAGAGAGGCUAUUGCCAGAGUGGUACUCAGAGAAAGGUAUUGAGCUGAUCCUUAGUACAGAAAUUGUCAAAGCUGAUCUUUCCACCAAGACCCUGACUAGUGCAGCUGGAGCAAACUUUACAUAUGAGAUCUUGCUCAUUGCUACUGGCUCCUCGGUCAUAAAGCUCACUGAUUUUGGCACACCAGGAGCUGAUUCAAACAACAUUCUAUAUCUAAGGGAAAUUGAUGAUGCUGACAAGCUGGUUGCAGCUAUCCAGGCAAAGAAGGGUGGCAAGGCAGUGGUUGUUGGAGGAGGUUAUAUUGGCCUUGAACUUAGUGCAGCCCUGAAGAUCAAUGACUUUGAUGUCACUAUGGUGUUCCCUGAACCUUGGUGCAUGCCUCGGCUCUUCACUGCCGACAUUGCUGCUUUCUACGAGGCUUACUAUACUAACAAAGGUGUAAAGGUCUUGAAGGGCACACUAGCUGUUGGUUUUGAUGCUGAUGCCAAUGGUGAUGUCACUGCAGUUAAACUAAAGGAUGGCACAGUACUUGAAGCUGAUAUUGUUGUUGUCGGUGUUGGAGGCAGACCAUUGACUACUCUCUUCAAAGGUCAAGUUGCUGAGGAGAAGGGUGGAAUCAAGACUGAUGCCUUCUUUGAAACAAGUGUUCCUGGAGUAUAUGCCAUUGGUGAUGUGGCUACCUUCCCUUUGAAGAUGUACAAUGAGUUGAGGAGAGUGGAACAUGUUGACCAUUCUAGGAAGUCUGCAGAGCAGGCUGUAAAGGCAAUCAAGGGCAAAGAGUCCGGUGAACCAGUUCCGGAGUAUGACUACCUGCCAUACUUCUACUCCCGAUCAUUCGACCUGGGGUGGCAAUUCUACGGCGACAACGUGGGUGAAACCAUCCUAUUUGGCGACAGUGACCCCACCUCCAGCAAGCCCAAGUUCGGCUCGUACUGGAUCAAGGACGGCAAGGUCUUGGGCGCCUUCCUGGAAGGCGGGUCACCGGAUGAGAACAAGGCCAUUGCCAAGGUGGCGAAAACCCAGCCGCCGGUCGCUAACCUCGAGGAGCUCAAGAAGGAGGGCCUCCAGUUCGCCAGCAAGAUCUGAGACGCUCCACGUUCCAUGUACAUUUCCGUGUCAUCAUUUAGGUUGUUCUUCUGGAGUUCUGGUCAUGGUUGCAAUGUUCUGCUACAGAUGUUGCCGUGCAUACGUGACUACAUGAUAUAUCGGUUUUUCUGAUUGUCGUGUCUGUACGUGACUACACUCACACGUGAGAAAUUUGAAUAAAGUCUGCAGACUCAGGGUUCAAAUAGCACAA